GGGGACAACAGAAAAGUAACAAAAAAGAGGAGUAGCUCUAGGGCGAAGCGACUGUGAGCUAACCUAAUAUAUGAAGAGAGUUGACAUACAACAACGUAGUAGCUAGUGUUUCUGACACGCACUUUCGUUAAACGCCUGUGUGGUAGGCAUUAUAAUUAUUGCCCACACAAACGCUUGAAGGCGCACGUUUUAUUUGCUAACCUCUGUUAGCGUGCUCGCUUGCCAACCCAAUGGAUAUUCGUGCUAAGAUAGCCUGCUAACGUGACGUCCGGUGUAGCAUACGCUAGCUAGUCCACGUUAACAAGUCCUGAUAAAUGGAAAAGUUGGAAAACUCGAUAAGUAAUGCAAAACUAAAGUACAAAUUGGGAGCAUGAUGUACUUGGGAAUACAAAGACUGGUCUCGAGGAUGCUGUGGUGAGGUCAGCUAUGACAUUCACAUCUCUGGCACAACUCAGCCUACCGGAGGGACAUUGUUUUUAGCGUCUGGCUAGCCAGAAAGGUGAGACCUCUUCCCAUGUUCUCGCCACAGAGAAGCUUCCAGAAUGAAGAAGAUCAGCCUCAAGACGAUCCGCAAGUCCCUGAACAUGACCAAAGGGGGGAAGGAGGGUGAGGGGGACUUUGUGAUGCUCCAGCAGCCCGUGCUGAGUGCCGACUACCCCAAGGAGGACUCCUUCUUCGCGGGCUGCUACACCGCAGACAUCACCGCCUGUGAGCCGAGCGGCGAGGAGGAGAAGGGAUCGAAGGGCCGCGCCAAGGGGGAGGGUUUAAUGGGCACCCUGAAGAGGAGGCUGUCGGCCAAGCAGAAAGGCAAAGGCGAAAGGAAAGGUGGCUCGUCCUCGCCAUGCGUGGGCUCGGGCGACGACGACGACACCUUCUCCUCCUCCUCCGUUCCCGUCACCUUCAGCGAGGUCAAGGCGCAGCGCCCGCUGCGGUCCUCGUCCCUCCGUAGCUCCCACUACAGCCCCUCUCCCUGGCCGCUGCGCCCCGUCAACUCUGAGGUGAAGGUCAAGGCCAUGGUGCACUCGCCCAGCCCCAGCCCCUCCCUCAACGGCAUGCGGAAGGAGUUCCAUGACAUCGACAUGGAGGGGCUGUUUGCAGACCACCCCCACGGGGAAUCGCUGAAGAACCUGGCGCCCCACCAGAACGGGGCCUUGCGCUUGAACAUUGACGAAAAUGUGCCUGUGGUCAUUGGGCUGACGCCUCAAGACUACAUCCAGUACACCAUGCCUUUAGAUGAGGGAAUGUACCCGGAGGGCUCACACUCCUGCUGCCUGGACGGCUCCUCGCCCAUGGAGGUGGUCGAGCAGGUGGAGGGGGACGGUGGUGGGGGUGAGGGUGGUGCCCUCCAUGCGGAACCCGGACAUGAAGAUCCGGAUUUAGACUUGCCAUCCGAGCUCUUCCUGGAGCAGUCCUUGAACGGGCUGCUCGGCGGCUCGGCAGCGAUGCUGUUUCACGGUUCCAGCAUCCACAUCCCCUCCCUCUCCCCCUCCCUCUCCCCGCUCACCGGCGAUGAUAUCCCCAGGACCUUUUCGGGGUUCAGUGGUGCGGACUCGCACGUGGCGGAGAGAGUCAGGCACCACCUGAACUUCGAUCCCAACUCCGCCCCGGGUGUCAGCAGGGUCUACGACUCGGUGCAGCACAGCGGGCCCAUGGUGGUAACGAGCCUUACAGAGGAGCUGAAAAAGCUGGCCAAACAGGGUUGGUACUGGGGUCCUAUAACGCGAUGGGAGGCCGAGGAGAAGCUGACCAACCUGCCUGAUGGUUCCUUCCUGGUCCGCGACAGCUCUGAUGACCGAUACUUGCUCAGCUUGAGUUUUAGGUCACAGGGCAAGACGUUGCACACUAGGAUUGAGCAUUCGAAUGGCAGGUUCAGCUUCUAUGAGCAGCCUGACUUGGAGGGUCACACGUCCAUUGUGGACCUCAUUGAACACUCUAUAAAAGACUCAGAGAACGGUGCGUUUUGUUACUCUAGAUCUCGAGUGCCUGGGUCGGCCACCUACCCUGUCAGACUGACCAAUCCCGUCUCUCGAUUCAUGCAGGUACGCUCACUGCAGUACCUCUGCCGCUUCGUCAUAAGACAGUACACGCGCAUAGACCUAAUCCAGAAACUGCCUUUGCCAAACAAGAUGAAAGAUUACUUGCAGGAAAAGCACUACUGAGAUUGCUAUGCGUUGGGACACAGUAGCUAGCAAAUUGCACUUUUCAGGUUUCAGAACUGAAAUUGAACAAGGUUUACAGACAUCUUUUAGGUUUUAAGUGAUUGUUUUAGUUGGUUUGUUAUUUUUAGAGACUCUUUUUGGGCUUUUAGCAUCUGAUCUUCAAUUUGAACCAUGUUAAAUUUGUGAUGGCUCUGAUAUUCAGUGUUAUACAGUAAUUUUAACUCAACUGCAACUUUCUUCUUGCAUAGAAUCUGGCACAUAGCAUGCUUAUCCUAGCACAUCGUGUUGGAGAAGAGAGUUGAUUGUCACAAAUGUUAUGUAUCCAUCAUGUUAAAAAGCAUUGUUUCGCCAUAGUAUGAUUUAAUGCUGUUAUUGAUUUGUUCAGUUUAGUAUUUUAUUUGAUUGUCAUCUAUCACAAGCUCUGCAGAUCCGCUGUAGACAUAUAUUACUUUUUGAGUACCAGUUUCUAUUGAUGUCAGCCAGCAGUUUGGCCCAUUUUGAUAUGAACAGGAGGAUAUUACGAACAGUUACUUAUAUAUGCGUUUAUUUUAAUUUUAAAUGAAGGUACUGUUUCAAGGAUUUUUGUAACAAAUGCUGCUGGAUAUUCAUCAUAGAUCUUGCAUAAUAAUUAUAGCUUUGUUUGGUAAACCAUGGAAAAUGGAUGUCUCAUAAUGUGCAGUGGAAGACCUGAAGGUAAAAUGCUAGUUAAUGCUAAGUUGUGCUAAAGCCAAUUCAUCAAUAUCCCUUUACUGGUCCCACCUCUGUUUUGACAUGCAGUGGACAUGAUGCGAGAUGGAAGAGUAGGUAGGGCAAAUGCUCUCUCGAAGUGACCAUAACAUCUAAAACAAACGAAAAAAAAUCUAGAUUGAAACAAAUAUAUGGCUCAUACUUUCCAAAAAGGGAAUCGUGUUCGAAAAGGGAGCGGUUUGAUGAUGUGUGACAGCACUUCCAGACCUGGGAAGAUUAGGCCUUGGCUUUGUCUUUUGUGUUACUCUGUGUGUAAUAAAAGGUGUAAGGGGAGCAGCUUGUUGAAAGGUGGUUGUGAAUCGGAAUGAAGUUAUCUGUGUUUUCAUGAAGAGAAACAUUUGUGAAGUCGGGAACUUGAAGUGAAGAGGUGAGAAUUGAAUUAGGAAGAUGUGACCGCUCUCCGAUGACUUUCAAACAUUUUAUGAUGGUUGUAUUUGAGAGAAGCUAAAAUAAUUUCACAACACUCUUCAUCUGGCUGUAAUUGUAAAUGUCAGUUGAAAGUGUUCAAAACUGUUGUGUGAUUCUGGAAGUUGUCAAGGGACGGUUACAUGAGAAUUGAUGUUAAGCAGGAUGGGACAGUGACGUUUUUUUUGUUUUUCAGUGUUCUCUGCAUUUUGUGCUCUUGUCCUUGUUCGUUAAUGCCAUCAUCUGUCACUCGCAAUUUUCGACUGUUAUCAAUCCAAGCACUUCUUCUUAGCAUAUCGGUCUCCUCCCUGUUAUUAAACCCAAUAUGAGUUGUCCCUCAGAUGUUUUUGUAUACACAAAGGGAAGAUCAUAAUAUCUUAUGAAAUGAGGGCUCACAGGAACCAGGGGAGAGCAGCCUUUUAAAGUCUUUCCUGUGAACUUUUCUCUCCAAAAAUAGACAAAUAUGGAACGUACAUGCUGUGUGUGGCUAUCAGGUUCAAGUGGCACCCGGACAGCUCCUAACUCAACAGCCACUAUGGUCAGUUUUGCCAUGGUCCUGCCUCUGUGUAGUGGCAUAAUUAAACAUGAAGGAUUUUGUGUAAAAGGAGACAGUGUUGACGGAUUUUUUUGUCCAACAAGGUGGGUGGGUGGUGUGGGACGGUGAUUGUUGUUGGCAAGCAUUGAAUAUAUGCAGUGUAUUCUCACUAUUUAGGGCACAAUGUAGUCUCUACAAUUGUAUUUAAAAAACUUGUUGAUUAUUAAUGUUGCCAUUGGGCCAAAUGCAGUACCUGCGCUGUAGUUUGGUAGAGUUAGAUUGUAAUAUAGAGUUGGAAUUAGCUGGUAUGUUGAUUAAUAUUAACCAUUCCUCAUUAACUAAGUAAUUGGCUGUUACUGAUGACAUAUCCGACUAAUGGCUGCUACUAUGCAGUACUUUGGUCAAAGGCCCCACAUGUCAGUGGGUAGGUCUGAAUAAGUAAAGUGAUGACCGUAGGUCACAGAUUGGGAUCAACAGAUGGAGCAGGAUUGUCGCUGUAUAGGUACGGAUUGUAUAAAUGGCUUCGGCUCAUUCUUCUUGAAGACGUCCAUCGUGAUUGGCUAGGUGUGGCUUGAAACCUUUAUGCCAAUUUGCAGACAGGCCUCUAGUCUACUCGUUGCCUAAGAAUCAGUUUCAUAGGACUGACCCGAGAUCAGCUGAAGUGGAAUGCUGGUGAUGGUGAAUAAUUGCCUUAUUGAGACCAUGUUUUUGUUUUAUUUUUUAAUCGUUUCCAUGAUCGAAGAAAAUGUGCUCAAGGCAAGGCACAGACGUUGGUGUUUUUGAGAAAAAAAUAAAUGUGCAUAGAACAUGUUGGUGUUGAUCUGAGCAAAUCUAAAUGUGAAAUGAAGUGUUGAGUGCUGAACUGUUAUGUUGCUUUCAUUGUUUGGGUUGUUUUAAUGCCUUUUUAAAUUGUUCUUUUGCAGACAUGUUUUUUAAUUGGCUUGGUGCAUAAUUACUCGGGGUAUUUGCUGUGAUUUCCAUCCCCCCACCCUCCUCUCACUCGAAAUACUUCAGUUUUUUUCCACAUCCCUGAAGUUCACUUUUAGUCGAGAUGAAUGGUUUUAAUUGCUACGCAGUUGCUUGUUUAGAUACCUUAAGAUUAUCAACAGUAGAGCUGUCAAACUCUAAAGAAGCGCUGCCUAAUUCAUGCUUUUUGUUUCUCCCCUGCAAAAACUUUGUUGUUUGUUUAGACUUCGUGCUGCGAAUGAAGGUAAAUGUUUACAUUAAAUAUUGUACAUGUGUUUUUUUACUCUUUUUCUCAUAAGCGUCGGUACAAGGUAUUACCUGUAUGUCUUUUUAAUGUGUUCUACACGCUUGGAGCUGCUUAAUGGUAAUGAUUGCCUUUCUGUAUACUAGCGAAACCAGAAUGUCACCAUGAAGAUACAUUAACUAAAUCCGAUCAAUUUGGGAGACUAAAAUAGGUAACAGCUAUACUUUUUAUGCUCACUUAUUUUAAUCACCGACAUGUAGUGAAAAAUCCAUUUCUGUCCAGUUUACAUUGUAUAUUUUUUUCCAAAGUUAAUGUUUUUGGUUUGUAUUUUCAUUUGUUAUUUGAAUGAAUCGAUAGUGAUUUAUUGCACAUUUUGGAUACAGUUCAAGUUUUGUAUCUGCUGAUAUAAAUUAUAAAUAAAAAAGUAUA